AUGCAAGCAAACGUGUCUCAGUUCCCGUGGCCCACGCUAGACCAGCCGUUCGUUACUGUGGAAUCCAACCUCGACCUCUCAGAGCCCAGAGACUAUUUUGAAGACUGGUAUGCCAAUAUAAACGUGCCCAACAUGGGACUGGUCGACAUCUCUCUUUUGUCAGACCCAAUAGUGCCCGAAGUUCCUUCGUUUGUCCCCGAAUACCAGUACACCUUGGUGCAACAUGCACCCGCUAUACAACACGCGGUUGAACCCGCUGUCGAGCCCAGCUACAAGUUGCACACCAAUACACCGGCCGAUACACCGACUUUAUUCGAGCCAGAACGCGUAGUAGCUGACAGCAACAAACUCAAAACCGGAACCGCGCAGCCAACCAAACAAUUCGCGUGCGAACUGUGCGCAAAGACAUUCACGCGGAGAGAAUCCAUGAAGAACCACGUCUCGUCUGUACAUCAGAGACUCAAGCCCUACAAAUGCCAGUACGCGAAGUGCACGCUUGAGUACUCCACUCCGUCAGACCUGAGACGCCACGUUCGCGAAAAGCACCUACGCAACUCUGAAAAGCUGUUUAUCUGCCAAGGUCGCACGGCAGACGGGAAACUAUGGGGAUGUGGUAAACGCUUCCAUCGCUCUUACCAGCUGACAGGUCACUGGAAGAGCAAUAGGUCGCAAAAGAAGUGCCAUAUUCCGCCGGACUUCGACUACGCUCCUAUCAAGUUUCGGAUUCGAUUUCGGUCAUGCCUGGUAAAAAUUCGCGGCCCCAGCGCAAAGCCCAGGCGGGCACCACCGCCUGGUACCGUGCGCGGGUUCAAGAUUUAUAUUUUGAAUAAUUUCGAGAUCACUAUAAUUCUUCCAAUGUUCAGAGCCGUCGCAAGAAGCCCUCUCUCGCUCGCAAGAACUUACGCCACCGGCAAGGUCACCGGUCAAUUCACUGGUAAGCCAGGUCCUGACGGCAAGUACACCGUCACCAUGAUCCCUGGUGACGGUAUUGGUCCCGAGAUUGCAGCCUCUGUGGAGGCCAUCUUCAAAGAGGCCAAGGUGCCAAUCACCUGGGAGCCUGUCGACGUGACUCCAUCGCUGAUCAACGGUAAGACCACCCUGCCGGCUGAUGCUGUUGCCUCCAUCAACAAGAACUUGGUCGCCCUGAAAGGACCUCUGGCUACCCCUGUUGGUAAGGGUCACCAGUCGAUGAACCUGACCUUGAGAAGAACUUUUGAGCUUUUUGCCAACGUCAGACCAUGUAAGAGCGUGCAAGGUUACAAGACUCCAUACGAGAAUGUUGACACUGUUUUGAUUAGAGAAAACACCGAGGGUGAGUACUCUGGUAUCGAGCACGAGAUUGUGCCUGGUGUUGUGCAAUCUAUCAAGCUGAUCACCAAGCCAGCCUCCGAGAGAGUUAUCAGAUAUGCUUUUGAGUACGCUAAGUCCGUCAACAAGCCAGAGGUCAGAGUUGUCCACAAGGCUUCCAUCAUGAAGCUUUCCGACGGUUUGUUUGUGGAGACCGCCAAGGAAGUCGGCAAGGAAUACCCAGACAUCAAGCUUUCGUUUGAGUUGCUCGACAACACCUCUCUGAAACUCUGUGCAGACCCAUCUGAGUACAAGUCCUUGGUCAUGGUCAUGCCAAACUUGUACGGUGACAUUAUGUCCGAUCUCUCCUCUGGUCUCAUUGGAGGCCUGGGCCUGACUCCAUCCGGUAACAUGGGUAACAAAGUGUCCAUUUUCGAGGCUGUUCACGGUUCUGCUCCAGACAUUGCCGGCAAGGGUCUUGCCAACCCUACCGCUCUCUUGCUUUCCUCAUGCAUGAUGCUGAGACACAUGGAGCUGAACUCCCAUGCCGACAAGAUCGAGAACGCUGUUCUGAAGACCAUUGCCUCUGGCCCAGAAAACAGAACUAGAGAUUUGAAGGGAACCUCCACCACCUCCCACUUCACGGAGCAGGUGAUCAAAAAUUUAUAG